CAGUCAGUCUUCAAACCCAGUCCUCGCUCGGAUCAUCAUGCAUCACUCCAGUCCCACAAGUAGUGAGCUGGCCUUCUCGCCUGCUAUGUACUCGUUUUCGGGCCUGACAAGCCUUCCUGAGCUCAGGUUUGACCUUGGACCUCCUAGUGGCUCUGGUCACCUCCAGAGGGGAGCCCUCUCUAACACCAGCUGGGAGAGGCGAUGCCUUAGGAAGCACAGGAGGAGAACCAAUGACGAAGGAUGCAGUGCCAAACGGAGGAGGCUGAUGGUGGAGGCAGAUUCUGACAUUUUGGAGAACUCCAGCUCCAAUAUUGGCCGUGACUGGCCUCCAGCAAGCAGCUGCCCUCCUCUGUCCACACAGCAAGCCAGCCCUGCACCUCCACAGCCCUGCCUGGCCCCUCAGGACUCACAUUCAUCUCAGUCCUCUGCCACCGUGUCCAGACCAGAGACAGAGGACUCCUGCAUGGAGAUAGAGGCAGCUCAGAGAAGACUUCAAGAGAUUGAGGACAGAAUAACACUGGAGGAUGACGACGAGGAUGAAGACCUGGGUGUGGAGCCGGCCCAGAGACGGCCUGUGUUGGUGAUGUCAGACAGUUUGAGGGAGGGUCUACAGCGAGGCAUCAGUGACAUCCUCCCCCACACCGUAGCCCAGUCUGUGAGUCACUCCUGUAUGGAGCUGGUGGUGUGGAGGCCACCGGAGGAUGCUUUGUCUCGGAGACUGAAGGACUCACUGCAGAGGCAACGUAAACAGCAGACAGCAUGUCGGCAACCCCCAACCCCAUGUCCAUCUCCCACCCCUGAGAGUGCACUGAGCCCCACGAGCCCCCCCGGAGACACGUACGCCCCUGUUCACAGCUUUCCGGGGGCCCACAGCUCUGGAGAGGAGGACAUGGAACUGUAGUUGUGGUUGAUGCCUUUAAAAGCCAUGCCAAAGGAGAACAGACUGCAGAUAAAGUCAGACACUAAACUAUACAGGAUUCACUUCCGGUUACAUUGGUUAGCUUGACAAGGCAUGCUGGCUCUUCAUCAAUAUUGUGCUAUUUUGGACAUUUGUGCAACACUUUCUGUGCGUUACAGUCAGUUAUUUUUGGUCUUCUGACUACACAUAAGGUGCAGCAAGGCAGGGACCACAACACAAAAAGUUCUGUUCUUAAUGGAUAUGUAUAUUUUUUCAUUUCAUUUCUGGAAACUCGGCACUUGCAGAAAUACAUAGUUAUGAUUUGUGUUUCACCAAAGUUUGGCCUCAACAACACCAAUAUAAAUGUAAGCUUGUUCUUUGAUCACCAUCAGAUUUCAGCACUUGAUUUUUACAGUUUAUCUUCAGCUUGUAGGCAUUGCUACCAGGAUAUUGAAAACUCCUUGUUUUCACAGUUGCUGACAGCAUGGCUUCUUGCUUGGAGUUGUUGGAGUCAGUGGAGUGUGUAACCUACAGUAUAUAGUGGUACUUGUUUGCUUUGGAGGAAAGUGUUCUCCCAUCGUCAGCCUUCUGUGAGCUACGAUUAAAUUGUGGAAAUCCGUUUUGAUUAUUUUGUUGUAUUUUCAUAUGUACCCUAGCAGAAUAAUUACCAUCCAUUUAGUGUCACUUUUUAUUUGUUUCCAAAAUAAAAUUUUAUGUUGCCAAGCCA